AGCAGUUGGAUGGGAGAUCAUAGUGAUGUCAGGGCAGGGAGGGCUUACCGCAGGAGAUAAGGCCAGCUAAUGGAGAUGAAAUGAAUCGGUAUUUAAAAGGUCUUUUUAGUUAAGGCAGUUAGCUGGCAGCAGAGGCACACUCCAACUAGUUGGCUGGGUAGUGGGAGGCCGUUUAGCUGGAAGUGAAAGAAGGACAGUAGAGAGACAGGCUCUGUGAGCUCUUCAAAAUCCUUUUGGGUACAUUUUUCACUUGCCUUUGUUGUUGUCAUUUUUGUUUUUUCAUAUUUUUUUUCUUUUUUACCUGAACUGGGACAAAAUCAGCUUCAAGCUCUACUAACUGGUGUGAGUAUAGACGAGGGGGUGAAAGGUCGUGUGCAUGUCAUGACCCCAAGAGAGCAGUUAAGAAAGAUGACAGCGCUGGGAGAGCAGGGGAGUCUGGAUGAGAAGCACUGGUAUCGAUUGGUCAACGGCAUAUCAGCUGGAGAGUUGCGGCAGAGACAGGAGCUGAUAAUGAGGAACCAGAUGGCCAUGACUCCACAGAUCAUGGCUCAAGGGCAGCAAAGGUUACAGGGGGUUCCAACACAGUUCGAACCUCGCUUCAUGGAGAGGGAGUUGGUUCCUCCUACUGAGAUGGUAGCUUCUGAAGAAAGACAGGUGCACAUGGGACCUCAUCUUGGUCCACCUCUCCCCCCCCAUGCCAGUGUCAUCCCUGGGAGGGCUUUCCCUGGACCAGCUGGCUAUGGCUUCUUGCUCUCAGAGCCCAUGGAAACAGUUGCCCGGCGACAAGAGCUCAUUCACAAGCAAAAUAUAGCCAGAAUGGAAAUGAAUGCUAUUCUGCACCAGAAGGAGCUAGAGAAUGCUCACCAGAAAGGACUAAUGGGAAUUGAUAAUCCUAUGUCAUACCCCUCCAACCCCAUGGUGUUCAGAGGUCGUCAGCGUAUGCCAGACGGCCACGAUGUCUUCGUCCACCGUCCCUCACUGGACGAGCUGCAUUCCAACAGUAUACUCAUGUCAGCUAGUCCUUACCCUCCAAUUAGCACACUGCACAGAGAGCGGGGACGCAGGCCUGGAAGGAGGCCAGCCGCUCACAAGAGUACAGAGAGUCAGGUGUCCAACCUGAAGGGACAAAAUGAAGAUAAAGGUGUAGAGCAGAGCCCAGGGGCCACAUCAGGGGAGGAGAAAGAGAUGGAGCCAAAAGGUGAAAUGGGAGAAGAAUGUGCUGCCAGCAAGGCGCAUCAUCAAGCCAAAAUAGAUUCUGAACUUGCCACAGGAAGCAGGAAGAACUACAAAGAGGGUGAGCCAGGACUGCGCAAAGCCUGUGUGAACAAUCAGGAGGGGUGUUCAGAUGUGGCCAACAGCAGUGCAAAUGAAAAAGACAUAUCCAGCCAAUGUUCAGCUUUCCAGGAGAAGUUCAUGUAUCCACCUACCAGUGGCGCUCUCACAGGGAUGCCUUACAUGUUCCCUGUCCCUGGAAAUGGUUUUCUCCCACCAGGUCCACCAAAUCUCUUUCUUAAUGGCAAUGAGGUGCCUGAAGACUUAAGGAAGUGGACAGUGAAUGAUGUUUACAACUUUGUCAGCAGUAUACCUACUUGUUCAGAGUAUGCUCAGACAUUCAAAGACCACAUGAUCGAUGGAGAGACUCUGCCUCUUCUUUCUGAGGAGCAUCUUCUGGACACUCUGGGGCUCAAGCUGGGGCCGGCUCUUAAGAUACGCUCGCAGGUGUCCAGACGCCUGGGCAGCAUGUUGUACAUGAUGAACCUGCCACUCCCCACCAGCACCCUGCAGACCACUCCUGAGAAGCCUGGGGAUCGAACCUCAGAGAUUGGCUCCCCCGUGAACUGCAACAGUGAGGAGAUGAUAGCGAGUCCAAGAGACCCUGAUGUCCUUAAAUCAGCUCAGCACCUCCACGAGCCAGAAAACAAUUCACCUCCAUCUGCCAGCAGUGAGACAGCCUGACAACUGGUGGAGAAAUGCAAACCAGCCAGGCUCAGUCUGCAUCUACAGCACUACACUACUUGAUGAACGGUUGCUGCCACAGUGGUGGAUAUGUUGGCAUAAUGGUUAAAUGGAUUGAAAAUGUUGGGUUUUGUUUAGGACACAGGUUCACAUAAUGCACAUGGAUGUGCUAAAUAUCUGUAUUUUACAAAUAUAUGUUCAUAUUUUUUUAUUUUUCAAAAAAACAACAGUGGAGGGAAACUGGUGACAAUUUUAAGUUAUGAGACACUAAGAAGUUUCCUACAGAAUUUGUCUUUUCUUCUUUUAAUUAUACACCUUUUUUCUCUGUCUGAUUGUAGCUUUCUGAGUUAGGCUAACAUAGAAAUCUUCAAUUAAAUAAUUAUAUUGAAGUGUU